AAAAUGGCAAAGUUAUGGGAAUUUAAAAAUAAUUUCUGGAUCCAUAAGCCUUAAUUAGAGGGUGUAAAAUAAUAAAAAGUAGAUUUAUGGUCCUUAUAUUGUUAGAUAUACAGUAAUGUACCUAACUGUUAGCAUGCUGAUUUUUCAUGAUAUGUGCAAUUUAAACUUCGCUGAUAUUAGAAUAUUGUAUAAGUAGGAAAAUGAAAAUGAUGAAAUCUGAUAUAUAAUCCAGAUGUUUUCCAAGUAUAUGUUGCAUGCCCUAAAAAUUAGACAACUGUGCUUAAUAUUAGUGGCACUCCCACUAAUACUUUAUUGUUCCUGUGUUUAUAGGAUAUAUAUAAUGCUCUCUUUGGAUGUAAAUUCAUAAGGAAUGCAUUUUUCACAGAUCAGUACACUUCUACUGAGGCAGAAUUCGCUUACAAAACAGUACUUGUGAGUAAACCAAGUCAACAUGUUAAACUUCUCAUUUAAAAAGCAUUUUUCAAGAAUGUAGUUAUAACUGAAUAUCCUUUUCUUUCAGAAAUGGCAGCACAGAAAAGGAAAUCUGUGCUGGUAGAAUCCUCUGCUAAGCGGCGGAAAUUGGAUAAAAGUAAUAAAUCAGUUUCUACUAGCAAAGAAAGAAAACUACAGGAUGGUAAAUGCAUAUCAAAUAAGAAAGCAGUGCUGAAGAAAGAAGUGUCCCAACUCUCUGCCACAACUAACAGGGGGAAGAGAAAAUGCAACAUUGUCAAAAAUAAGACUUCCUAUGAAAACAAGAAACCGAAUAAAUCAUCUGUAGAUUCUAAAACCCGUCCUAUUGAAGCUCGGUGUAAAAGGCAUGCAGUCCGGUGUGGUAAAACGAGUCAUAAGAACCUGCAUUCAAAAUCACGACCAAUCAAAGAAAAUACCAAAAAAAUUACAAAAUCUGGAAAAUAUAUUAGUAAUAACUUAGAGGUUCAGAAUUCUAAAACCCCUUCUAUAAAAAAGUCAGCUUCUCAGAACAGUGAAGCAAGGUGGACUAAAACUUCCAGUGAAAAGCCUUGUGAUACUGACUACAGAAAGAUAGCCAAAAAGUCAGUGGGCACUGAUUCUGGUAAAACUGUUAAAAUUAGGCAAGAACAGUUACCUGUCAAACAAACUAAGGAAGUAUCUCAGAAGGACACAGUGCAGGGCCUUCCAAAGUCACAACAUACUGUUUCACAUGGGCAUCAAACUAGAAGAUCACCAAGAUUGCAGCAGUCAUCUGAUGUUUCUACAAUAUCUUUGAGAAGCAGAAAAGUAAAAGAAACACAUGCUUCUGUUAUGAAGCAAUGUAACCCAAGGAAAAAGCUGGUACCACAACUUAAACAUGAAAAAUUGAAACAUGUCCGCCAGAAACCAGGAAAGUCUGUGGAAGACAAUGAUUAUCAAAUUGAAAGAAGAAAAAUAUCAGAUAAUAAGAAAAUGGGUUGCUUCUCCCCCAAAAAACAUGAGGUGGAUUCUGAAAUCAGUGAUUCAACUACAUCUCAAGAUAAGCCAAGAGAACUGAGAAAUAAUUUUGAAAGUAAUCAAAAAUCUGAAAAGGAAGUUGCCAACACAAUUUCCUGUCCUAUAAAUUCAGUUUGCAGUAUAGUAAACAAAGGAAAGUCAAAGCACAAAAAUGGAAAAAUCAAUGUAAAAGCAGAUAGAGCUGUGCCAGUAGAACCUGUUUGCCAACAAGAGGAUGUGGUAAAAUCCAAAAAGAUUAGCAUUCUUGAACUGUGCGAAGAAAUUGCAGGUGAGAUUGAAUCGGACACAGUUGAGGUAAAAAGAAUUUCUCCCAACUCUGACCAUGGAAGAGAAGAGGGAAAAAAUCCAGUACUAGAAUUGCCACAGGAAAUAGUAUUAAAUGAUGAGAAAACUAACCAGAACUCUCAAUGUAAGCGAUUUUUUCCCAGCAAAAAAGGGAUGUCUGUUAAAUGUACUGUAAAUGGCAGACAUAGCACAGUGAAUAAAAAUUCUAAAUGGACCAAAAUAAAAUUAACUAAGGUCAAUCAUGUGAGCCAUAGUAUCUCAAGCAUUCCAAAGCUUGAUGUUUUAAAGCUUGAUGUUUUAAAAUGUAAUUAUCCUGAGGAACAACAAGCCAGAACUGUAGAAAUACACCUUCCAGAAGUUCAAGGGAAAUUAUCCCAAAACAAUGAUAGCACAAUAUGUGAACAGAAGUUAAAUACAGCUGAUUUUGAAGGAAUCCAGAUUAAAGAUAGAAUACUGCAUGCCAAGCAGUCCACUGUACAGAUUAUACAGAAUGGUUUGUCUGAGGCAAAGCAUUGUCCUGGGCCAAUACCAGACAAGAGUUUCAAUUUAGAGUUCGAUACACAUCCAGAAAAUACUUCAAUGAAAAUAAUUACAGAACAAGCAUCAGUGAAGCAAGUAAAAAGAGAGACAACAGAAAUCAAACCUCAAGAUCCAGUUGAUAAACAGUUGGUUCAGGCUCCUGCUAAUAAAACCUCUGAGAUAAAUGAGAGCAGGGCAUCUGUGCCAAAGGUUCCAUUAACAACAAAAUGUGGUGGUUUUCUUACAUCUGAAGAACAUAUUCAAAAAUUAAAAGAAGCUGCAAAAGAUGGCGAUAAGCAGCUAAUCAUAGAUGCAGGACAAAAACGGUUUGGUGCUAUUUCCUGUAAUAUUUGUGGAAUGCUUUAUACAGCUUCAAAUCCUGAGGAUGAAACCCAACAUCUGCUCUUUCAUAACCAGUUUAUAAGUGCAGUAAAAUACGUGGGGUGGAAAAAAGAGAGAAUUUUGUCUGAGUAUCCUGAUGGUAAGAUUAUAAUGGUCCUUCCCGAUGAUCCCAAGUAUGCACUGAGAAAGGUUGAUGAGAUCAGAGAGAUGGUUGAUAAUGAUCUGGGAUUCCAACAAGCUCCUCUAACGUGCUCCAGAACUAAGACCCUAUUAUUUAUUUCUAACGAUAAAAAAGUAAUUGGCUGCUUAAUUGCAGAACAUAUUCAAUGGGGGUACAGAGUUAUUGAAGAAAAGAUUCCAGAUGUUAGUUCAGAAAAUGAUAAGCUCACUUUUGAAAGGCAAAAGGCCUGGUGCUGCUCAACAACUCCUGAGCCUGCCAUAUGCGGCAUUAGUCGCAUUUGGGUGUUCAGCAUGAUGCGACGGAAGAAAAUUGCUUCUCGGAUUUUAGAAUGCUUGAGAAACAAUUUUAUAUAUGGCUCAUAUUUAAGUAAAGAAGAAAUUGCUUUUUCUGACCCUACUCCGGAUGGAAAAUUGUUUGCAACACAGUAUUUUGGUACUAGUCAAUUUUUGGUAUAUAAUUUUCUCAGUGGACAACAGCCUCAAAGUGGUAACCUUUAUAAUAAAAGGUAAUGAGAAAUCAUUAACUUUGUUUGCUGAUGUUUGGACUUUUAUUAGCAGUGAACUCAGGAGUAGUAACAACCAAAAAGAUGAUGGUUGUAUUUUAUUAAAAUUGUAAAUAGCACAGAAGUAGGAUAAUUUUGAAAGAUAUUUUUAUAAAAAAAUAUGUAUUAUCUCUAGUACACUAGCCAUGUUUACAUGCAGCAAAUAAUUUGUUCAUAGUGGACUGUUAAUUAGUGCAAGAACUAUGGUCGCCUUUUAAGUAUAUUUUGAAGUUCACAAUGUAAUAGUAUACCAAGGCAAUGAGAAAGUCAAUCUGUAUUUGGUAGAGGUGUGAAAAUAUUCUGUAUUCAAGAUCAAUAAAAAAUAGCAUCUAAUCAAAGUGUAUAAUUGGCUCACUAUAUAUGUUGAAUGGAAAUAGUAGUUUAAAAAGAAAGAUACUAGCUCCUUUUGAAAAGUAUGCCUCCAACUAUACUUUAGCAAUAGCAAAUUGGGUAUAUACUUUAAUUUGUGGACUUCACAAUACAUUAGCCUAAAACCCCUCUUAUUUCAGAGGGUGUAUAUAAUGAAAAACUGCUGUGGCCUUUCUUGACAUGUAUAUAAUGUAGAUUUAAAGAGAAAACUUUUGAUAACUUUUAAUUAAUCUACUAAUGGUAAAUGUAUUUAAGCAAUGUCUUUGAUAUUACUGACUAUUAAAAGUUGAUUGAAACACUG